CCUUUCUGUACAAUACGCGCACCCAGACGAAUAAUAGGUUACAACGACAAUAAUGGAUCUCGGCUUCAGCAUACCCAUAAUCGUACUCGGCGCUCUAGAAGCCUUAACUGCACUCGUACAAGUUGUGCGGACACGGCAACACUAUACACGCUACACCUUUGUAUUUCUGGCUGCAAUCUUUAGCUUUAUUCGACGGAUCACCUAUGUUGCAGCAAUAGACGACGGGACAUGGGACCUGGACAUAGUCAAGGGCAACAUGGCGCGUACAUUUUUAUACCAAAUGUUUGUCCCAUUCUUAUACUGUGCCUUUUUCGCAACGUGCCAAAAUAUGAUCACCAGCACCACUACUGUCGAUACCGCGAUGCCGACAACAAGGAUGACAUCAACAAAAAUAUAUUAUGCAAGAAAAUUGACAGGUACUAUCUUGGCGUAUCUGUGGACCCUCGUUUUAAUCAUCGUCAAUAUUGCCUACUGUGCCGUUUUUGCCCGCAAUUUUCCAAUGCUAAACAGCAGCCUGACACAACAGCUCCUCAGCAUGUCCGGCAUUACAACACACGGAACAUGGGCAUACACUGCUUUUGCUAUAUUACAACUCGUGUCUGGUUGGAACCAGCUGCGUCGGUAUUCGGUGUCGCUAUUACUCUAUCUCGGUAUCGUUCUGAUUGCCACGAUUGGCAUGACGGUAUCAACGGCACUUUCUUCUAAUGUUUCGACGAUUGACGAUGAGUUUACCCAGAGGACCAUUUCUUUUGUCCUGGUGGAACUCGUUGGUCUUCUCGGUCUAUUCUAUGCUUUGUUUGCUUCGAUCCAGUAUUGGCAAAAUAUAUCAGCACCAGCGUCGCCAUCCUCUCUGAGAAACAGUUACAAUCAGCAGCAAGUUAAAAAUUUUGAUGACUGUUAUGCACCAGAUUCCAAGCUUAGCCCCACUGAUGUUGCGCAUGAAAUGCACCAUUUGGAAGAUGUGUCUCAAAAAUCCAUGGUGUCAUCAACAUCGGGAGCAACGGCGUAUCAACAAAUGGACCAGCGGCCUAUAACACAUGUCGUGUAAGCAUAUCCUGUGGAAAGAAAAAUGAUCUGUCUAAAUAAAUGGAAGAUGGUGGUAGAAGUACCUAUAUGCAUAAGCAGAGUACGUAUAAAAGAUACCUCCAUAAUGCUUUAAUACCAUUUUUUUGCUGUUUUAAUCAAGAGUAAUACUAUGUUGAAUCAUACACUGUGUUAUUUUACGCCUGAUCUUGUAUUCCGUACCUAAUUUUCUAUUUCUUGUUGUUUUCUUCUAAGUAUUAAGCACAAAGAGAGACAAAAAAUCUAUGUAAAGCCUCAGAGAGACAACUGUUGAUACAGGGACUUUAUUGCACAUAGUAAUUACACUUUACAUGUACAUUUUGAUCCAUACGUUAAGCUGCUAUGUCAUAUAAAAGUAAG